AUGACUGCCAUCGUGGAGGAGAAGAAAACCAAUUUCAACCCGGAGGAUGAUACUCCCCGGAGGCGGCAACUGGAUGGCUCCGAAACUCAAAUGGAGAAAGUCCUUUUCAAGGCAGAUGAGGACACAGCUUCAGAAUACCUGAAGGAGUUGAUCAGCUCUUCUGGAUUGAAGGAUGCCUGGGGCGAAAUGGCCAAGAAGUUCCGCUCCGUUCAGGCGCAGCAUGCGCAGCUUCUGUCCCUGGCCAGUCGAGAUGCGCUGAACCGAGACUUCGUAACGCGGCCUGAGUUCCGGUUGACCGUGCAGGAGGAGCAUUACCGACAGCUGCAGGACCACACCAAGCGGCUCGCCACACUGGAGCGGCUUGUGUCCGAAGAACAAGCAGCCCGCUUCCAGCUAACCGAGACUGUCGGAGCGUUGGCGGAACAUACGGAGCAGGAGCUCCACGCAUUGAAGCCAGAGGUCAAGAAGGCACACGCCUGGCUACAGGCGCUUGACACACGAUGCCAGCAACAGAAUGUAGCAGUCCUGCAAGCACAGCAAGAUCUCCAAGAGCAGCUGAACAGCCGUGAGAAGAAGCUCAGAGAGGAGGCUGGCAAGCUUUCCAAGGCCUUGGAGGGUGAAGUUGUGGAGCGCAAGGUGCUGGGCAUCGAAGUGAAGAAGCAGAAAGAGUUCCUGGCAGGCGAAGCCUUUCGAAGGCAUAUGGAGGAUACAUGCAACAAAGCCUUGGAAAACUAUGUUCACAAGGAUGUGAUGAUGUCAGAGGUACAAAGUGCUACCGAACAUAUGUGUGAGCCUCUCCGGGUUCUCAUCGGGAACUUGGAAAAGCAUGUGCAUACCUUGGCGCAGGAGCUUAGAAUGAAAGACGCAUAUGUGGAACAGUGUUUAGAGAACGAGGCUACAAAGCUGGCUCACACAGACGAACUCCUGAAUGAACGGAUCAAUGCAGUCAUGGACGAACUGCCCGAAAAGGCCACGAUUAUGACGGUGGACGACCUCAAAGGGAAGCUCCUGUUUCAUGUGGACACCCUGGAGUCCCUGCACUCCCGGCUCCAGAAGGAGACCACGCACAAGCUCCAGGAAGUUGUGACGCGGGUCUCGGAGUUCCAGGUCAUCUUGCAAGACCACGAGCAUGCUUUACAGCAUGCUGCGGAGGAGAUCCUCCACAGGGGCACAAAGUACGAUGUCGCAGUUCUAACUGAACGAGUGGAUCGCUGUGCUGGCAAAGACAAAAUGGAGGGCGACUUGAAGGAGAUCCGUGAUACCUUGGCUUGGCAGAGCACAAAGAUCGAGUCCAUGCAAUUUCACAAUGGGCUGGGAGGCGGCCUCAGCAAUCGCAGUCCAAGCCGAGCAAGAUCCUUCCUCCCUCGAAGUGUCUUAGGCGGCAAGCUCAGUCGCAGCAGCUCGAUGGCGAGCGAAAGCUUUGCUGCUGUCACCCACAGUCUGAGCUGGAAGCAGACAUCAACGGCAGCACCUGCUUCCACGGAAGCCAGCACUGUGAAGUUUUCAGAGGAGGACAGCAAAGAUGACGAUGCGCAAGACUCCACGGUGAAGAUCACCAUCCCCAAGGUUCCUUGCGUCGCCGAGCGCAUCGAGGAAGAGUCACAGCAAGGAGAUAGCCAGCCAUCAAAAGAUGUGAGCAUUGCACCAGGCUCUGAGCCUGCUGACGAAGAGGCGUCGGACGACAGCGUCCGAAAUGACCCUCUCCGAAACCUUCUGGGCAUCAACGCAGGAGUAGACCCAUUGGAGCUGGAGGAGCAUCUCAUGGAUCAAUCAGAUCAGUUGCAAAGCCUUCAGGCGCAGCUUACGGACUUGAUGCAGGGUGCGGGACUGGGUGCCUCCACGCUGACGGAACUGCUUCAGCAGCAGUUGGAGUGCCUUGCACAAGGAGUGUUUUGUUUGGGCAAAAUCUGCCUGAAGCCCCGAGGCGGGGUGGGCACAAGUGCGAUCUCAAGACACGAGCACACCGUGGAGCUCUUGGUGCAUCUUCGCUCUGUUAUGCACUGGAUCACUCACCGGCAGCGACCCUCAGAGUGGGAGCCUUCAGCACUCACCACGAUAGCUCUACAAUCUACGCAGAUCCCUGACCACGAUGUCAACUACAGCCCUCCACGCACCGCCCGAGCCAAGCAGGAAAAGGAAAGCCAGCCCAUGCCCAACUUGCGCCGGGCCAAGGCUCAAACGCCUCGAGAGGUAAGCCCAGGGGAACGGCGGCCCUUUGCCUCGGGGGGUCCCGGGUGGCGACAACGCGGCUUACCUGCCAAUUGUAUGUAUGAUGAUGUGAAGCGGCCCAGCACCACUGGAGCCAUCACUGGCCCCACAGCUCUCGAGUCAGCAAGGACCUUGGUGGUCACACCGGGCGUGUGCACAACAAUGGGCCCUGGGCCAACCCCUGAGGCUAGAGAGGUGCUGGAGGCCCGCAGAGAGAAUUCUGAGAGGCUUUCAGUGGACCAUUCUGUGGAUGAAGUCCUUUCACUUCCUCCUCUUCCUGAGUCCCGAAACAAUUCCAAGGACUCCGCGGUUUCCGUUAAAUCUCGGGAAGCGCGUAGGCGUGCGCCCGCAGUGAGCUAG